AUGACGUCCCGAGUGAGUCCUCGGACUUCAGAAGUAAAUGCCUUAGAACAACGAGGUUAUUUCAUAGGCAAGAAAAUAGGACAAGGCUCCUAUGCCACUGUCCAUCUUGCCGAUUACGUGGAUGGCCAAAGUCCGCGGAAGAUGCGACUUGCUUGCAAGAUAUUCGACAAAGAAAAGGCGCCGAAGGAUUUCCUAGAAAAGUUUUUCCCUCGCGAGUUGGAAAUUUUGACAAAAAUAGAGAACACAAACAUAAUUCAAGUUCACAGCAUAUUGCAACGAGGACCACGCGUCUUCAUCUUCAUGCGCUAUGCGGAUAAUGGCGACCUUCUGGACUUCAUAAAGCGCAACGGAAUAGUACCAGAGCAACAGGCCAAGGUUUGGUUCAAGCAGAUGACACUUGGACUCCAAUACUUACAUGUCAAGAACAUUGCACACCGGGACCUCAAGUGCGAAAACAUACUCCUCUCCCGCAGGUUCAACGUGAAACUUGCGGACUUCGGCUUCGCGCGGUUCUGCGUGGACCAGAAUGGACGUCGAGUGCUCAGCCACACGUACUGCGGUUCGGCAGCUUACGCGGCUCCGGAAGUUGUCAGUGGGACCCCUUACAACCCGAAGCUCGCCGACGUGUGGUCGCUCGGCAUCAUCCUGUACAUUAUGCUCAACGCCGGCAUGCCGUUCGAUGACUCGAAUCUCCGCAGGCUUCUCAAGGAUCAGAUGGAGCGCAACUGGGUUUUCCGAACGCGCGUGCGGGACACGCUGUCGGCUCAGGCCAAGGCCCUGGUGAGACACAUCCUGGAGCCGGACAUCACGCUGCGCAUCACGGUGGACCGCAUCCUCAUCCACGAGUGGCUGCGGGCGCGGAAGGACCGCUCCCUGGCGACGAGAAGCGGGACCACGCCGCUGCCCUCGGUCAGCUUCCAGUCCAGGGGGUCGGUCGUGUCGCGGGCCACCGCCCCUCCACCAAGUUCAGUCGCCAGCAAGGCGCGCUGA